CCCCCGCUGGGGCUGUCCGGCGGCGGCGGCCCUUUGUUCGCCGGAGGAGAAGAUGCCCCCCCCCCCGCUGCGCCAGGCCCAUAAAACCCGCCGGCUGGCGCAGAGCGGAGCGUGACUCUUGCAGGGUGCCACCAUGAGCCUCCUCCCGGGCACGCCGCCGCUGCUGCUGCUGCUGCUGCUGCUGACCCUCGCCGGGCCGGGCCGGGCCGCGGCGCCCCCUCGCCCCUCCAAGCCCCUCUUGCCCCUCCAGCCCGAGUCGGACCCCCUCCCCUCCAAGGGGGUGGCAGGUUGUUCAUUCGGGGGCAGGUUCUAUGCCCUGGAGGAUACUUGGCAUCCGGACCUGGGCGAGCCCUUCGGCGUGAUGCACUGCGUCGUGUGCUACUGCGAACCGCAGAGGAAUCGCCGUGGGAAGCCGACGGGCAAAGUCAGCUGCAAGAACAUUAAGCAUGACUGUCCCACCCCACCGUGUGUGGAUACUAUCUUGCUGCCAGGACACUGUUGCAGAACUUGUCCAAAGGCUGCCCUUGGCAUCCCAGAAAAGAGACCCGCUGAGCCUCUUUUUGACAACUUCGAGUAUUUCCAGGAUAAAGAGGAUGAUUUGCACAGGAACUACAAUGACCGGGCUUAUCUCAGCUCUGAAGACUUGGCGCGGGACGACAGCCGCACAGAUUUUGUGGCCCUGCUGACCAGUGGCUCGGAGCCAUGGGUACCUGCGAGCAGCGCGGUGGCGAAAGCCCGGUUCUCUCUCGUCCGCUCUUCCCUGCUCUUCUCCAUCAACUACGAGAGCAAGACUAGGAACGGGACGGUGACGCGCUGCCUCUCGCUGGCAGUCUUCAAGCAGCAGGUACACAUUCCAAACCGCUGUGAGGCGGGGGGCCUCCGGUUGGCCCCUGAAGAUGCGCAGGAGGAGAGGCCAAGUGAGCCCGUCACCAAGAGCCCUGAAGAGUUGAAGAAAGACCCCAAUGCCUGCUUCUUUGAAGGACAGUAUCGCGCUCACGGCUCCCGCUGGGCCCCAGACUACGACAGGAAAUGCUCCGUUUGCAGUUGCCAGAAGCGCACCGUCAUCUGUGACCCGGUCCUGUGCCAGCCCCUCAACUGCUCCCAGCCAGUUCACCUGGAGGACCAAUGCUGCCCUGUGUGUGAAGAGAAGAAGGAAAUCCUAGAAGGGCAGAGAGCUGAGAAGGCCCGGGAUAGCAGUGAAGGUUGUUACUUUGACGGUGACAAGACGUGGCGAGGGGCAGGCACCCGCUGGCACCCCGUGGUCCCCCCUUUCGGCCUCAUCAAAUGCGCCGUUUGCACGUGCAAGGGAGCCACCGGGGAAGUUCACUGCGAGAAGGUGCAGUGCCCGCGCCUGACCUGCAGCAACCCCAUCCGCGCCAGCCCGUCUGACUGCUGCAAGCAGUGCCCAGCCUCAGAGCAGAGUUCCGUCGCGCUGUCAGACAUGAUGCAGGCUGACGGACCCAGAGCUUGCCGGUUUGGGCGCCAGUGGUACAUGCACAACGAGAGCUGGCACCCCACAGUGCCCCCUUUCGGGGAGAUGAAAUGCAUCACCUGCUGGUGUGUGUCUGGGGAAACGCACUGCCAGCGCCAGGAAUGCUCCCCGGCCUCUUGCUCCAGAGAAGGAAGAACAGAGGACGCCUGCUGCUCUAAGUGCCAAGUGCCAGAAGACCUUCCCAAAGAAGCUCCAGAGAUACUCCAAGAAGAGGCUGAGAAUUCCUGGAGACGCUAGCUGGCCGGCUGGAGCCGGGAAGCCGGCGUGGCACCGCCAAGGCACCCAAAGAGCCGGAAGCCAGGACCCUUUGCGGCCGGCACCGGGCAGGGCUUUCCCAAAGCUGCCCGUGUUUUGUUGGCUUGUUAAGGACAACAGGAGGGUGCCUUCUGAUACCGCUCUAGAGUGGCAGUCCCAGCUACUCUAUCAUAUCUGCAUCUGUCAGCAUAGAAGCAGCAGGAGGACUCAGCCAGACGACGGUUUCCCUGGAUUCGGGAGGCGCUCUUGGAGUCUGCGGAUUGGCUCCCUGCGUGUUGCUAGUGGGGGACACGUAGCCCAGUUUGGCGCAGAGCAAUAAACCCCUCGAAGGGGUCCGAUCUUGGACACUGCCGGACCCAGCGGUGUAGACGUGUGCAGUAUAAAUACAAGCUAAGCGUACAAAUAUCCCCACCCCCAUUCCAUCCCACCCGAAGUGGCUCAGUCAUCUUCACCUCUUCUGGGACAAUUGCACCGCUGUGCCUUUCGCUUGCCGGAUGCCCCGCCCCCCAAGAAAUGGGCAAUGCCCCCCCGACUAGGCUGUAUAUAAUGUAAAAUUGCCCUUCGCUAGCAACAUUUCCGGGGGUUGGGGGUUGUCUUGUUUGUUUCGGUAAGGAGCUAGUUGUUCUUGUUUGUACUUUGUCCGGGUUGGUUGUGUAAUUUAUGGUUCUGGAGAGCAAGGUCCGUUUCCCCUGCUCUUCUCCAAGCGGAAGGAUUAAGAACGGGAGAUGCUGUAUUUAUUUUUUAAAAGCCGUUGAAGAAAAACGAAACA